UUUGACCAUUUCUUUUUAUUGUUUAUGUUUUAAACGUUUUUUAAAAACGCAGCAGUUGUGAUAAAGCCAACAGCCAUGUUGUUGGCAGAAGCUGGAUGUGUGUUUAUGGCUUUUAUCCUGUACAUCUCAGGGGUUCAGGGACAAGAAAACAGCAUCUGUGCCUUAAAAGGUUCAUCAGUGGAUCUGCCCUGCUCAGCUGAACGCCCCACUUCAGGAAAUAAAUGGUACACUGUCGAGAGGGGAGACCACAGGUAUAUUCAGAAAGAGGUCUCUCUGGAUGGAAAUCGUGUAUCACACAAGACUGAAGAUAGUCAUCCAACUCUGACGAUCAAUGAUCUGAGAGCAAGUGAUGCAAACUUUUACUGCUGCAGAGAGACGCCUAACAACACAGAAAGCUGCUGGCGCCACAACACUGAGCUCCAUGUUGCAGACCUGCAGGUGAAGGUGAUUCCCACCACAGAGGGACAGACAGUCACACUGAUAUGCAACACCAGCUGUCCUCUGACUGAAAACCCUGCAGUCUACAUCUGGUACAAGAACAGAGAGUUCCUCUAUCAGGACUGGUCUCCCUGGUACCACCAGCUGGUCAGCAGUGAGGAAGCAGUCACAUACUCCUGUGCUAUCAAAGGCUACGAGCAUCUCAGAGCUCCUGAAGUCUCAGUGGAUUCUGUCACAUCGACCUGCUUUACUGUGACCUAUGCUGAAGGGAGGAUGUGUUCUGAUAGGCAGACACCCUGCUCCAUCACAUAUCCCAGAGAAGUACAAGUUCAAGGGAAUUCUACAACACUGACCUGUACCACCAGCUGUCCUGUGACUGACCCUAAACCUGCCUAUAGGUGGUACCAGAACAGACAAAUACUCUCUGUAAGUCAACAGUUAACAGUUAUUGGCUCUGCUGAAAGCAUCUCCUGUGCUGUAAACGGCCUCGAGGAUCUGCUGUCUGCUGAAGUCUGUUUUGAGAACAGUAACUGCUUCAGUGUGAAUUACGUCAGAAGGAGAAUCUGUGCUCUGCAAGGCUCUUCAGUGAACAUUACAAGUGAAUACACGCAUCCCCACAACCAGCAGCCAACUUCUAAAUCAUGGUUUAAAAUAAAUAAAAAUGGGAAGGAAAAACCUGUAGAGCUGGCUGAGGCUGCACCUCAUGUGAAGUUUGAUGACAACAUGAAGAAUCAGCACAUCCUGAGAAUCAAUAACCUGGAGAAGGAUGACUCAGCAGAAUACACAUUCAGACUCAAACGACCUAAUGGAGGAUGGAAAGAGUCUGACUUUUCUGGAGUAACGCUGGUUGUCACAGGCCUGAGAGUGAGGGUGCAUCCUGCAGAGGUGACAGAGGGCCAAAAUGUCACUCUGAGCUGCAUUACCAGCUGUCCUCUGCCUCACAACACAACCUACAUCUGGUACCUGAACAGUCGACCUUUGACCGAGCCAAGAAAGCACAACAAGACACUGAUACUACAUUCAGUCAGCAGUCAGCAUGCAGGAAGCUACUCCUGUGCUGUUGAAGGUGGCAUUACAUCUGGUGAAAAAACUCUCACUGUCCAAAAUGUUACACAGAAACAAACACCAGCAGCAGCAGCAGCAGCAGCAACCGUCACACGAGUCUGUAUUGUUCUCCUGGUUACCAUACUUCUUGUUGUUAUCUUCCUUUGGAUUAGAAAGAAGAGGAUUUCAGGUCAGUCUCCUGAAACUCAAGCAAUGGACAACACAGAGCAGCUAAACCCUGGUCAUGAGUAUGAAAACAUGUCAGCUCGACCAACAGAGCAGGAAGAGCUUCACUGCAGCAGAGUCCACUUCUCUAUGACCCAGCCAGAAACUCUUGACCUCCCCAUCCAACCACAUCAGCCCGAACAACAGGUGCAUGUUGCUCAUGCUACUGUCAACUUCAGUUCCAACACGGCCUCUGAGUGAGCAUCUCUUUACAUAACUGAUUCAGGAUCUACUUAGUGGCCUUACUCAUCUUGAUCAGUGGCACAAUUUUCAACAACCUGACUUUCACAGUUCAAGCCCUCUAGUCUCCACCAAUAUUUCACUUCACUCCAUGUCUCACAGAAUUCCCCAAAAGUUCUGACCCUUGCAAGCAAACGCUAAUCAGGUUAAAACAUCUAUCAAAUGCCUAAUAUUAGUUGGCUUUGAACAGUGCACGUGCUAAAAAGUCUAACCACAAAGACAAAUGUGAGAAAUGCUGCCUCAGUAAUGCUUCAACUGUCUUUUCUAAAAAUGACACGACACAAACUUGAAGAGGUCAAAACACCAGUGAUACUAGUGGUCAGACUUUAAAAUGUGUCAGAUUCAAGAAGAAGAGCAGCUAAAGAGCUAAACAACAGUGCAGCACAGUAUAUGACACAUAUAAUGCAAUAUGGGGAGGCAGUAGCUCAGUCCAUAGGGACUUGGGUUGGGAACGGGAGGGUCGCCUGUCCGAGUCCCUGUCCGGACCAAAAUAUGGAGCGUGGACUGGUGGCUGGAGAGGUGCCACUUCACCUCCUGGGCACUGCCAAGGUGCCCUUGAGCAAGGCACCAAACUGCUCGGGGCGCCUCACCAAGGGCAGCCCCCUCACUCUGACAUCUCUCCACUUUGUGCAUGUAUAGGUCCUGUUUGUGCAAGUGUGUGUCUUUCGGACCUGUGUGUAAUUGACAAGCAAGAGUGAAAACAUUGAAUUUCUCCUCAGGGGGAUUAAUAAAGUAAAUAAACUUAAACUUAACACUGGAAGAAAGAUUUAUGAACAGAUUCAUGAUGUAAAGGUGAAAAGGCAGCAGAUUAUGUUCUUCACUGGUCCUCUCACUGCUGAAUCAUUUGUAAUGAACUUUUAAGGCAGGUUAAGUCGCCUCUCAAGGGCUGAUAUGCUGUACAGAUGACUUGAAAUUAUGUCUUAAAUAGAUUGAGCAACAGUGUUACCAGACCACAAUGCAAUGCUGAAAUGUGGGUGGCUCUGUCAUGUAAGCUUAUUGACACAUUUUGGGGGGUUUUUUCCUGGUGUACUGAUGUUGCAUUACUUUCUGUUUCAUUUGCAGCUGUAAAAAACUUUUGUAAAAAUAAUUUUGCCCUCAGAAACAUGUUUUACCCUGCAUUAACUGAAGUGUAUUAAAAGAUGAAAGACAUUACAUUUGUAUCUUGGUGCUCAUUUUUCAAAUACUGUCCAACAAAGACAACUUCACAUCUCUCCACUCCCACUCUGGUCCCCAUGACAUCUUUGUAAUGAUACAAUUUCAUUAUAUCAUAUAGAUAUACAGCAGUUAAACACUGCUACAUGAGCAAAUACA